AUGACGACUUUGCUUAAGGGACUCGGCAAGCUCCAAGUGCUGAGUAACCCAGUCAGCGAUUCUCCCACAGACGAGGACUUCAUCAGAUUCUUGGACUACGAAGAGCUAGAGCGCAAGUUUGGCUGCCACAAGUACUACCCAAAGUUUUUGAACAACUAUGACUAUUCGACGCCCGAGAUCAAGGAGAUGAUUGGCAACAAACCCGUGUAUUCGAAAGCCAACAAGCAUUUGAAGAACUUCAAGAACCCUGGCACGAAAAAGACUUUUGUCACUGAGAUUGAUGUGGAGACUGGGGAGUUGACGGUGAAGGAAAAAAUCGAAAAGGAAGAUAAAAAGGACAGAAAACAGCGAAAGGAGGAAAGAAAAGCCCGCAGAGAAGGACGCAAAGAGGAUCGCAAGGAGCGUAAGGAGCUUCGUAGGGAACAGCGGGACGAGAGGAAAGAGCUACGUCUCGAGCAGUUGCGCAAGCGGAGGGAACAGGCGAACAGGAACCGCAAGGAUGAAGGUAAAAGUGACCAGGGAGAAGUCGGGGCCCAGGUAAACGGCCACGUCCAGCUUGAAUCCUCUAUUCAGCCUGCUCCACAAGGCGAUGCUGCUCCUCCUCCAUACCAAGAAAGGCGUAGCUCGGUGGCCACAGGGCAUCUGGGCAGUACACAAAACCUGGGUCCUUUUGGAGCGCCUUUAAAGGCAGCAGACAACCCGACACAGAAUAAAGGACCGGGUGUUGAGGACAAUGACUUCCUGUUCAACAACCCCUUUGGCGAGCAGAGCACGCUUGUUCCAGAAAAGAUCCCAGAAAACAAACCCACCCACAUCUCUAGACACGACUCAGUGGCGUCGAAGUACAGCGGGAUCCGUGUCAGGCAAGGUUCUGUCCACAGUGGGGUGAAACCCAGGCAGAAUUCGGUGCAAACGCUUGAAAAACCACGCAAAUUCACCCUUUCGCUGAGACUAAGGGAUAUGCUUAUGCCCCAUAAGCACACUGCGUGUGAAAACAACACGGAAUUACAGAGAACACAAUCGUUUGACCAGACCCGGUCGACGAUGACGCUGAACAGAGGCGCCAAAACAGGAAAGCUAAAGAUAUCUAUAAACGAUUCAAAAGCUCGCAGGAUGAGCGAACAAAUUGGUACGUAUAAUUUGAUUUUGAAAGAAGAGAAUGAGAAAGCGAGAAUGUUGACGAUUUUGAUGAUGGCAGAGUUAAACCGAGAAGCUGGAGCAUGGAGUAGACGUGGAGAAAGACAUGCGACAGAAUAA